AUGCGGUGCUGUGACUGUCACUCACAGUUUCGAGACGGUGAAGAUUCGGGUGAAUUGCAGACAAAAAACGAGGCCGUGAAGAAGUACAAGGGAGUGUUGCACGGCGUGAAGGUCAUUCUGCAGAAUGAAGGGCCUCGUGGCUUGUUCCGCGGUAUUGGGUCUGCUUACGUCUACCAGGUGCUGCUGAAUGGCUGCCGUCUGGGCUUUUACGAGCCCAUCCGCUCAAACCUCACAUCCACAAUCUAUAAUGACCCCAAGGUUCAAUCUCUCGGUGCCAAUGUCUUUGCUGGAGCCGCUUCAGGUGUCAUUGGUGCCGCUGCAGGAUCGCCCUUCUUUCUCGUGAAAACCCGUCUCCAAUCCUACUCGCCCUUCCUUCCUGUCGGCACCCAGCACAACUACAAGAACUCGUACGAUGGUCUGAGCAAGAUCUAUAAGAGUGAAGGUGUCAAGGGUAUCUAUCGUGGUGUUGGUGCAGCUAUGAUCCGUACUAGUUUUGGUAGUGCCGUCCAGCUCCCCACAUACUUCUUUGCCAAGCGUCGCUUGACCCGCCAUCUGGGUAUGGAGGAAGGUCCUGCUCUGCACCUGGCUAGUUCUGCCGCUUCUGGCUUCGUUGUUUGCUGCUUCAUGCAUCCUCCUGACACUAUCAUGGCUCGCAUGUACAACCAGACUGGUAACCUGUAUGGUGGUGUUUUCGACUGCCUGUUCAAGACGAUCCGCACCGAGGGUGUCCUUGCCAUCUAUAAGGGCUUCUUCGCUCACCUGGCCCGGAUUCUGCCCCACACCAUCUUGACUCUCAGUCUGGCAGAGCAGACCAACAAGUUAAUGCGCCGUGUUGAAGAUCGGAUUCUCCCUGACUCUUUCCGCGAGGGAAUUUAA